GCAGUGCAAGCCGGGCUGCCUGCCCGACGAUACGGUCGCUCUGUUGGGGUGUCGCGGUAAUUUGUCUCUUUUUUUUCCUCUGCACUCAGCCUCAAUAUCGCUCGUUCAGGACGUCGGUUUCUUCGUUCUCCUCUCUUCCCUCCCUCUCUCUCUCUCUCAGGCGUGCACGUCGGUCGCGGUCGUGUCUUGUCAGGGGGGGAAGACAGGCGGGCGCGCGCUACCUGUGUCAAGACAAUACCGGAAAGCACGUGCAUCCGUGCGAAAGGGAGCCGAAGAGCGUGCUCGAGGAAUCGUACACGCACCCCUACUCCCCUCUUGGAAGCUCGUGCCGCUGACAAGUAACAGAAUCGCGUGACAACAACACACCGCAGCCGCCGAUGUCGCACUGAAGGCGAAUGACAAUGAUCACGGGAGAUGCUUUCGCGGCAGAAGGGCGAGCCGCACGGCUCCAGCUUACGCCAAACAAGACCCUGUAGAUCCAAAGACACCGGAGUACUGUGAGCCGAGGUCGGCGGGUCGCGAAUCAGUAGCAGCCGCGGGCCUUUAUGCCGGUACUCAGCACCAGGAAGUGACGAGAGGCGCAACUGGGAUUUAGGAAUCCUCCGUUUCCUCCAUUGAGACCAGGCGGGACCGCAAUAGAGCCGUCAGGAUGUUUCAGAACAUUAAUGUAAUGUCCCUGAUGAAGAAGAUGGGAAUGGCGCAACAGGAAGCCGGUGCGUCCAAGCCGGUCACGCCAGAAGAAAGUGGAAAACCCUUCAGCAAGUUACUGCAGUUGGGAGGAAACAUCAUAGCGGCGGGAAAUGUGACAAAGCCGGCCAAGGUCACCCCGGUGGAGGACACACAGUCCAAGGAGGAUUCCUCCACCAUUGAAUCUUUAAAACCAAAGUCAGAAGCGGGCGGCAAACCAAGCAGCGGGGACGACUGCAGGGUAUGCCGGAAGUCGUUCGGCCCCGAGGAAGUUUCGCGAACUUGUUGCGAGUGUCAACAUAAGGUCUGCGAGGACUGCGCCUCGUAUUCGACGACAACGAAUUCCGACGAUCCGUCUUCCUGGCGAUGUAGCGUUUGCCGCCGAAAGAUCGCCUCGAGGGACCAGCCGAUAGUGACACAGGAAUCUACCGAUUCGAUGCUCGACGUGCCGAGCUUGGAGGCUCUUCACAGGCGGCACAGCGACGCCCGACUCGGUCCCACCGGCAGUCAGAUAGGCGCACUUGGAAGCGGACUGGCCCCGCCGCGAAGUCCGGAAAUCCGAAGACAUUCUGACGUUUCGCCAGCUAGUCUUAAAGAACUGGAGAAGUUUCGAAAGGUUGCAGGAGAACGGCAGAGAGAGGAGCUCAGAUGGGAGCGCGACCUGGACCGAAAGAGCAAGUCGAGGGGUGGCUCGCCCGAUCGCCAUCAAGCCUCCGAUAGAGGGAGAGCGACCAGCCCUCAGAGGGUCGUCAUGCCAGCCCAGACGGGCGCAGCCGAGGAAGGCGGUGAUCUGGACGACGAGGAGGAACGUCGACGUCGCGCUCGUCGCGGAGGCGGUACGGUUCGCCGUAAAUCUCGCGUGACCAGGCAGAGGUCUUACGAUGAUGAAAUCAAAACAGCGGCCGCGAUGGCUGCCGGAGGGACACAGCCCACGCAUCCCGACACCGGCCUAGGACUUCCGGUUCAAUUACCAAGACGAGCGUCCGCCUACGAUGUUUACGCUGUGCCCGGAAGUAGCGGCCUUAACGCGAUGGCCAUCGCCGCCGCCCAGCAAAGAGCCUCCAUUUCGGCGCAAGGCACCCGAGAACCUGAAGAGCGACCUACAACUCGCAGGUCCUCCUUCCGUGCCGUGAAACCGGUGAUGCCGUACGACGUCGCGGCCGACGAUGAGAAGAUGAUUAAGCUAGACUCGUCAUCUGCACCUGCGGUGGCACCGCCUGUGUCCCAACCCGUUCUUGUACCCGACGAAGAGAGACGUAAUCGACGAAGAGGCUCCCAAUUGCCCGACAUAAACGCGAUAAGAGCGUUAACUUCGGCUCAACCAGGAGCGACAAAGGGUCCUCCUGCGGCUGUUAGCAGGGUUGCAGCUGAAGAACGCGAAUUACCAAGGCAGGGUAGUCUGGUCGACGGGGAAGGCAUCAAGAUCGUUAUUCACGAUGUCGACAGUGAUCUUGCUCCACGGAUGAAUGCGAAAAGGAGGGUAAAGCUGAGGAGAGAUCCGGUUAUUGAUAAAGGACACAGAACGCGUGGAUUUGGCAUGAGGGUGGUAGGCGGCAAGACAGGGUCGGACGGGCGCACCUUCGCGUGCAUCGUGUGGACCGUGCCGGGUGGCCCCGCCGAGAAAGCUGGGUUGCAACAAGGCGACAAGGUGCUAGAAUGGUCCGGCGUGUCCCUGAUCGAUCGGAGUUUCGAGGAGGUGCAGCAGAUAAUCGAACGGACCGACGACGUGGCGGAAUUGGUGGUGGAGCACACGACCGAAAUCACUGGGGACUUGCUGGACGAUCCGCAAUCCGGAAAAACACCUACAAAUUUGGGCCUGCUGAUGGAAACCGAAACGGACAAAGCACCAUCGUCGCCGACGCGCAGGAAACUGCCAAAGACGCCGGAACAAAUUGCGAAGGAGCGGCAGGUGACCGGUCGCGUACAGAUCCAGGUCUCGUACGAGGCGGAACGGAAAGAAUUGGUCGUUUCGGUUUUUAUGGCCGACGACUUAUGUGCACGAGAUGACACCGGAUUCGGCUCCUUGCCGGAGGCUUUCGCGAAGCUUAUCCUUGCUCCACCAUCUGGCGAUGCAACUCCGCUGAAAACUAUCGUAGCCGAGCCGACCCAGAAACCUAUCUGGAACGCUACAUUGUUCUUUACUGGAGUUGAUGGCGAGAGCCUGAUGGAACGUGCGAUCGAGGUGACUCUCUGGGAUUACUGUCCCGAUGGCGAUAAUGUGUUCCUUGGCGAAUGCACUGUCGAUGUUCAGCGAGCGCUUGAAAAUGAUAGAGCAGUUUGGUAUCGGCUGGAGGAUCCGCGCGGUCUUCGAACCGGCAAGUCGCCGUAUUGCUCGCCGCGCGGCUCGGUAUCGAUGGAGGUCGCUCAGAGAUUGUAUAGGAAAGAGCUGCGGGAUCGUAGCUACAGCGACGAUACGCAGAGCGACAGCGGUAGCCCGGAGUUCUGCUUCCUGCAUCCGGACCAUGCCUGGCACGCCAAUUCCAGACGCGGUUCCAGCCAAUCCGAGCAACUCGAGAUCGAGCCCUACGAGCUCAGCCGGGAUUACAGCAGAUCUCUGCCGGGUAGCCGCAGGAGCAGCUUCCAAAGUCAGGGCGGCACCGACAGCAAGCGUGGAAGCAUGGGCGAAGCCGACAUGCCCGCUAUAGGGCACCAUAAUCGCGAUCGGCGGCGAAGCUCAUUCACCAAAAUGGCGAGGGAUCCCGAGGAGAUCAUGGAGACUCUGCUAGCGUUGAAAGCGACCAAGAGCGAGCUCAGCAGAACGAUGAGCCUCUCCGGCGACAAGAAACGCCGCAGCCGGCGGGGUGAGCGCAAAGACAGCGUCAUGGAGAUUCCUGAGAGAUUUUACGAUCGAAAUAGCGAAUCCGACGAGGACGAGAAAUGGAGUCAGCCGGCGAGAAACGAAAAUGGCGUCGAUCUGAAACUGGGUCGCGGACAGUUGCUGCCGAAAGGAUACAAAAUAAGCAGUGGAGCACAGAAUGGCGAAGUACAGCUGGGCUUCUAUAUGUGCAAGGGAACUCUCGAGGUCGAAGUUAUCUGCGCAAGGGAUAUCUGUCCCGAGGAGAAGGACGAGCCAGAUACUUACGUGAAGACGUACUUGCGCGAACGAGACGGCGACAAGUGGUUGCAGAAGCGCAAGACUCGCGUGGUGCGACACUCGAAGACUCCGCAGUAUCGGCAGACGCUGAAAUACGGGCGCUGCGACACCCUGCAGAGCAGGCACUUGCUGGUGAUGCUGUGGGAGAAGAAGCAGGGCUUCGAGAGCAACCAGGGGCUGGGUGGCGCCGAAGUGGACAUCGAUGUACUGCCGCCGAAGGAAUUCAUCUUCGAUUGCGUCUCGAAGAUCACUGUGACUCCACGAAGCAAUCUCAAGCAGUUUCGAUUGGCUACGAAAGGCAAGGAGUGAGGAGAAAAAUUGGCGGAGAAGAGACGAGGGCAGGCACGUAUACGGCGAAAAUUCUAACACGAGCUUAAUCUAUCGCUUCGGGACGACUUACGAUGAUUCUCGGGACGUGUUGAUGUGAAUGUUUAAGUCCCACAAUGUCCCGCGACGAGAUUAGGGGCAUAAUGGAUUGUCCAGAAUUAUUGCGCUUACCCCGCCCGAGUAAUUAGUGAUAGGUAAUAAACGUGAUAAUAUCGUAACAGAAUUAAUUAACGACCCGGCAGCAUCCUCACGAUAUGAUCCACGAGUCCCGUCGUAAGCGAUUCACAAAUUUAUCAUCAUGCUGAAGUGUGACGCGCGCACAGACGAGUGGAACUGCACGCGGCGGUACUUAAGUGAUGCUGCGUGUGUAUGUGUGUGUAUAACGUGAAGCUCACGGCGUCGAUAUCGACCCGGGACGUGGUAUACACACGCACACACCUAUAUAAAUAAAUAUAUAUAUUAUAUACUAUAAUAUAUUAUUACAAUCCGCGGGGAAACUGUAACGAAGGAUAAUCAAAAUGUACAUGUGUUUAAAUGAUACGAUUAAGGAUAAAUACAAGGUGUCACUGUCCCACAUCAUUAAAACUCGGUGUUAACGAUGUAGAUGUUUAAGGGAUGUCAACGAAAGUCCAAUCGAACAUUUCUUUUCGCAAGUCCCUCGAAACGAAAUUCUUAAUGACGGUACACAUGUGCGGUUCUUACAUUGGUGUAAUUUCGUUCUUUCCUGUACGUGCGUCUUCGUUCGAUUACACCUUUUUGAAAAUAUUGCGACCUCGGUUAAGUAUCAGGCUCUAACUUUUCUUACGACAACUUUUACCUGUUCAUCAUUGACAUCGGUUCUCUGAGAUCCGAUAGUUUGGACAAAUCUUGCGAUUCCUUUGACAAUUCUUUUUCUGUAAUCUGCAAACGGCGGACGUUUGAUCGAGAAGACGUGCGAGCGGAAUCGCGAGCGCCCAAGCAUCAAGAAAGUAAUUUUUUACUUAAAAACGCGCAGAGCGGGAAAGCCCGGCCCGGAAAAAAAAAGAAGAAAAAAAAAGACACUUUAAUUACGGUUGUGCUAUUCACGCAUCUUUUGUCGAUAUAAUCGCUACAUCAGUCUCUCGCCUCGAACGCCAGCGACACGCCUCGCAAGACUCAUAAACGAGACGAUUGUGCCUUUGCGAGGGCUACGUCAGAUAUAUCGUAGAAAAAAUAACGUCUCACGAAUAUAAUCGGUCUAGAAGCAUAUCCGAUGUCAUGAAUAUAUUAAACGACACAAAUAUUCGAACUUUGCUGUAAAACAAAUUACGCAUUACUUCAUACAAUCUCGUACGUGUAUUUUAUUCAUUAUGUCAUAUAUAAUACCGGUCUUAAUAAUAUUACUUAUUAAUAUUAAUAAUAUUACGCAUUCGCCAAAGUCGGACAAUUUUAAUUGACACGCGACUCGUAAUGCAAUUAAUUAAUUUACUUUCACGAGUGAACGAUAAGUUAAAUACGAAUCGUGUUAAAGAGACAAAGAAAUAAAUUCCAAAUACGAUACCUUGCGUAAACAGAAAACACAAGCGAAAGAGAUAUUUGUAGCGGGGGUGAAGGAAAUCGGCGAAACUUUCGACGGAAGGUCACGAAUUAAUUCGUGCAAAUGCAUUUCGUCGAAAGUUUCCUCACACGGAGAUCGCAUGGACAAUCUUCUCGUACGAAUGCAAUCAUCUAUAUUCUAGACGGAGGACUUCUCUCCUUUGUAAGUAGCUGAGCGCAUUCUAAACAAGUUUUCUACUAGCCUUGGAAGUGACCUAAUAAACUAUUACGAUCGUUAGUUAUCGAUGCCGUUGUUAUCGUUACUACUAUCGCUGCUGCUUAUUCUCUUCUUGACUAUUUUAGACAAAUUAAUAAUUAUUAGAGCUCAAGAUGAGAAUUUACAUUUCGUAACGGUAUUAGUUUUAAAUCACACUGUCAGUGAUCUUAACUGAUAAAAUUGCAAAUGACAAAUUAAUCUCUUGUUCUUCAAAUUAUUUUUACCUUUAUUUAUAUCGGCCCUGCAUUCCUUGGGUUCAAGGAUGUCCUUUUAUAUAAAAUUAAUAUUAAUUUUCUAAUUAAACACUUUCUUUUACUUUAUAUAUGCAACAUCUUACAUUUGCACACUUAAAUAGAUAUGAAAAAAUUAAAUUGGUAAUUAAGUACCACACUUUCUGUGUGGUUACGAUGCUCCGAAGAACAAGAGAUUAAAUUGUAUUUGAACGCCGCGCUUCGCUCAUUUCUCACGCGUCUCUGGAGAUCUUCUAGCGGUCUAGUUUUUCGACGAAGUUCGAGCUUACAGUAAAAUCCGUAUCUUAUAGUAAAAUCUAGACACGUGUCAUUCGCUCGGAUAGAGAGCAACUACGAUUUUUCUACGAUACAGAACGCUAGCGUCUUAAUGUAGAGCAUGACCUGAGUCUGUUUCACUUAUUGUCUCACGUCUAAUUAUGACGAACACCUACAUACACAAGGCACACACGGACGGACGGAUAAACAGAUAAGCGGACAGGCAAAUACACACGUGCACACAAAUACGUUGUAUCAAUCUUGACAAUCGAAACUAUUGAUCCAAACUUACGCUAUCGAUAGAAGAUAAUAUGUGUGUGUCUCGCGUACUUAUUACAAUUCAUACCGUGUAUACAUAUACUGCAGGUCGUGUGUAAAAUAUUCCUAGUGACGAGCACACACAACGCUAAUUAUUGCGUAAUUCUACGCUCGGUAUGUGGUAAAUUAUCAGGUCAAUCAAUCGCGGAUAGAAACAUUCCCUGAAAAAUUAUUGAUGAACGUUGAAGGAAGUGGGCUUCCUUCCUCUCGAGACGAAAUGGAUAUUGAUGCGAUCGGCCACCACGUUGAGAACGCUGUUAAUUAAGAGUUACAAGCGACAGCCUCUUCCCUUACAUAUCUGUGUUGUACUCGUUCUAAUGUCUAACUGUAAGUGUCAGGGACAAUCUCACGGAAGUGCGCGCGUGUCUUCACGUGGAUCAAACAACAAUGGCAAGUUCUCCAGCCUGCGUAGCAGGAAGCGUGCUCAUAUCGGCGUUUCGGCGAUGGAAAUCGAUCCUGUAUCCGCUCGAGUUUGCUUAAUUCCUUAAGUAACGCUGUAUUACUGACACUAAGGACUCGUCGGAAGACCCUUAAAUGGGCACACGAUCGAUUUUUCUACGCUUUACUUUGUGACGAAACGCUGUGCGAGAGGAACGAAGUAACUAGCCAUUUGCCAGUUGUACAAUUCUUUUUCCGUCUCAUUUCCGUCACGUUAUGAUUUUCGUCACCUUGCCACAUUUCGCGGGAAAGGAUUCCCUCGCGGGAAUUUAAGCGAUCGACGAUAACGACGAUCACGAUCUCCGUUUCUCAACAGCGAGUGCUCAAGUACGGCCUAAAACCUAAUAUUCGAACGAGUCGCAAAAGGAACGCUUGAUCCUCGUAGAUGCGCGAUUAAUUGUUACAUACGUACACCUGUAAGUACUAGCCGUUAAACUGAUGAUUUGUAAAAUGUGUAAUUAAAACGAAGCGUGCGGCUUCGAGAGGGGAGGAGAAAGGCGAAAAGCGGAAUCGUAUGUAAAAGAUUUUAAACGAGUUACAAUAAUCAUUCGGGACCCAAAAUAAUUUCGACCGCAGAACAACUAGGGACUGGUAGUUAAAUGUCUUUAGCGAUAAUUAGCCUGCAAAACUUAAAUUAAAUUUGACUAGAGCGAUUUAUCGCUAAAAGUACCCCUCUUCGAUUAGCAGAAAGCUCUUGGUCUCGACUAAUCGACUUCUUCUCACGUUCUACGACAUCGUUUCGCUCGAGAUAACUCGAGCGAUUCCCAUAUACUAAAGCAAUCGAACUGUUUUUUCCAAUAUUCUCCGAAUUUCGUCUUUCUAAUAUAUCGCUGUCGUUAGUGACUGUAGAUACUUAAAGAAAUUAGAAUUUAUAAACUUAGACACGUUAAGGAAUUCUGCCAUUUUCUCAUCAGCCAUAGGGAUGGCAGUUAGAAAACGUUUCGCUGGUGUACAGCAAACUGAUUUCCUUCGUUUGUGACACGUAUUGUGAGUUGUCCCAAGUUUAGGGAAAUUUAUACAAAACUUUAUUUAUGAAAGCCCACCUUUUUGCGUAGUGGGUGCAUAAAGUAGCGAGUACGUACUGUACUUAUAGAAAUUGUUGAUAUCUGCUUGCUCUUAAAUGAAAAUUACUAAAGUCACUCAUUGCUUAAUUUUAUAAUUUAAUUUUCAUAAAUAAGAGAAUUAAUAUUGAACAAGUGUAUCCAUAUUUACAAAUCAUAUAUAUUUAAUACAACCACUUUUAAUCAUAAAUUCUACGUAUUGAAUAAUUUUAAGUGACAACAAUCUCUUCUAACGUAGCCGCAUAAUUUUUAUUAAUUAAAUCUCUGACAUCUGUUUGAAUAUAAUAAAUGGCUGACAACGUGUCGGGAAGCACUGAAGAAUAUCAACAUAAAUAGAAAUAUACUACGGCCUUGUAAAGCCUUGUACAAAACGGGCAAGUGUGUCGACGAUUCUUCUUGCUUUGUUUUACUAAAAUUAUUAAUAGCGAUUAAAAUUCCUAUAAGUUUUACGAGCGAUUGCGCGUGAUCGCUCCGCGCUCAUGCACACUUUCACGAAAGUGAUAGUUCGCAAAAAGAAGCGCAACAACGGGAAAGACACCCUUAAUAUAUAGCUAAGAGACGUAGAUACGAUAUGUUGUCACACAUAUAUUAAACUCAAUGUGAUGUUCCCUGCAUGUUGAAUGUUGAUCGUCACGUAUGUGGAUUAGAGUCACAGAGUGUGAUAGAAUUGCGGGUUAAUCAAGAGUAUGGAUAAUUAGUGGUUAAGCGAACUGCGAUAUCAUUUUCUUUCUAUUGGUUUUGUGGCGAUUAGCGAUCACGAGGCAAUUUUAAUUGUAUUAAACAUUGAUUGGUCGGUAAUGCAAAGAAGUCCAUAGGUGAAAUUUAUUCUCAAUACUGUAUGCAUAUGCAUCUGUAUUUACUGAAACUUUAGUUACAAAAAGGAAACGGCUCCGUGAGUGCACAAGAACAUGAUAUUUUAAACGAACGAUAUAUUUUAAUUGAUUGCUGAAGAAUUUUAUUUUUAGAAGUGGGCAGGUAAUUAUAGAAAAUAGCAAUUAUCCGAGAACACUCUUGAUGGAGUGACGUUCUCAGUUUCUAAAUUUCUAAUGCAAAUUGAAAGACUAAUAUUGUUUCAGAAGUGUCUCAUAAUCGACGAAUCAAAGUUUUUCUUAAUAAUCGAAUAAUCAACUUAUUUAACUGUUAAUUAUCACCAACAUGUAAGUCUCUCUUUUCGUUCGCACCGUUGAGUAAAGCCACAAAAGUACCUGAUAUGACUUCCACAAUUUUAUCUACAAGAGAAGUUCUGUACGAGACAAACGAAAAACAUAGCAUUUUCUAUUUAAAGAUAUUUUCAAAAUAUUAACAGCAGACUUUACAACGUUUAUAGCGCCUACCUAAUAAUCUUCUUUGAUUCUAGAAUACGUAUAUUUUUUGUAUUCAAUAUUUCCACUUGUGUAAAAAUGAUGAAACCCGAAGCGUCAUUGCACACAUUUGGUAACAUGAAUGAUUUCUAAUCGAUGGCAAAUAGGAUAAGAAUAAGGCAAGAAUAAUAAUGAAGAAAGGGAGGAGAUGUAACUAAAUAAUAAUGUAGCAAUUAGAAUAGAUAUUAUUAUUAACUUCUUUAGUGGGGGAAAAAAGUUGUAUUUUUCCAUAUGUCAGGAGAACGAGAGAGAAAGAGAGCGAGAAAACGAGUUCUAUUAUAGUACAACAUUGUAUGUAAUAUUUUUCUGGAGAAAGUACAGGAAGGACCAUCGUAUAUCUUGCAAGAUUGAAAUAGUUUCGAUUAGCCAGCGAAUAAACUAGAACAAUAGAUAGAUUAUUGAUAACGUUAGCGCAGUAUGCUUCGCACCUCAGAAUUAAUUUUUUCAAGUUGAAAAAACCGACUGCUGUGUUAAGAAUGACACGCAAAAGAAGGUUAUGCGAAAUGAUAUACAUAUAAAGAUAAGGAUUGCCAGAUUGAUAGAGUGUACAGUUGCUUUAUACGAAACACCUGUUAUAUGAAGGAACAAAAGAAAAAGAAGAAGUUAUAGCCGGUUUCUAUUUGCCCCUCGUUGAAAUUCCGUCGAUGAUUUAUAAGUAGCAAACUUUUACAUUUGGAUUCAAUCUCCCCAUCUAUUUUGUUCGCUUCAGUGUCCCCCGUUUAACAUUAAAAUUUAAUAAAUUACUCCUCGCUUCGAUGUGUUGGACAUUAAUGUUCGUGUGUAUCGUGUAUAAUGAAAUACUGUUAAGUAUGCAGGUGUAAGAUUAAAGAUUAAACCUUUCGUAGGAAACGAGAGGCCUGAAUAUUUUUCGUUCAAUACGUUUAACACACGCGGAAACAUCCCGUCCUCGCGACGCGGCAAUUUGGAUCUGUUCGUUUUAAUUGCUAUACCUACACAUUUGUCUCUUUCCUACUUUCGCAACUAAAAUCCGAAUACGCUUACUCCGUUUGAGACGCAUAAAGUGCAAGUAAAAUGACCAGAUCUAACGGCGAAGAACUUGAAGGAUGAUUGAUUUAUAGUAUGCAUAACACGCGCGUGCGUGCAAGUAUACGUCUAUGUGAGUCUUUUGAGUUCUUCAUCCAUCUGCUGUUUCUUGAGAAAUGUAUGGAUUUAUGUAAAUCUCUUCUAUUUUACAUCUAUUUACAUUUCUUUUCCCACCACACACGUGCAACACGCGCGCGACACACACACACAUAUACAACAUACAUCUUGUGUGAAAGAAAUGCUGCAUAUUAAGACAAACAAGACAAACGUUAGAUGAUUAAAGAUGUGAAAAAAAGCGAGAUUGAAUUGCUGCUCGUUCCUGUAAUUAUCAGAGACAUGUUUUGUUCUCAUGUAAAGCACACACACCAAAAUAAUAAAUAUUUUUUGUCGACGUAA